AUGACGAGCCCUCGGUUAGACCUGAAUUUAGGUCUGGUUUUUGACACACCAAAAGCACCACUACAAACUUCAUCUACAAUAGGAACAUCGCCACAACUACGACAACUACAACAAGGGACAGAAAUCAAAGCCCGUGAAGUACAAUUAAGACUCAAACAAGAACUUGUUGAAGAAAAGCAAAGGCUAUUGCAAUUGAAAGCUGAAAAAUUGAAUAACAUCGAAACAUUGCAAACUAAACUUACACGAUUGAGUAAACUGCAACAAGACUUUACCACUAAGACUCAAUUGAAUCAAUUGCUCGACAAUAGCAGAGUUGAAUUCUUUAGAAAUUUACAAACUCGCAAUCAAAAACAACAAGAUUACAUCUUGCACCAUCUAAAUGUAUUACCAUCACCAAAUUGGAAUUUACGAUUAUCAUUAGCUAAACAGUUCAUUCCAUUUUUGGACAUUGAUAACUUGAAAAGUUAUAAUGAAUAUGUUGAUAAUAGACUAGUUCGAGUGUUUCAAUUUACAAUCUUAUCACCGCUUGUACUCAAUCUAACACUCAAAUUGGAGAUAAAUGCCCUGAAUGAUUCAGUGUAUCAGAUUUUAGUAAUGACAAAUUUAACCACGUUGCACAUGUUGUCAUCUUCGUUUGCACUGGCUUUGGUCAAAGACUACAUACCGAAUGGGAAAAUCAAUUGUGUCAUGUAUGGAUUGAAUUCACUAACGAAAUUAAUUCAAAAGAGAACAAAGAAUUGGCAUCAGUUGAUUGUCAAAUAUAAAUCGAUGAUUGCAAAUGAUCUAUUGCUCAAUAUUCCCGACCAAGUAUCUGAUUACAGAAAGCUAUAUGCUAGCCUCAAACUGAUUGACAGCAUUGAUUUGCAUCUUAGUCACAACAAAUAUAAGCUCAGCUUAUACUGGAGCAUAGUUAACAAUGAUCACCUAACAGGGACAUGCCAAUCGGACAUAAAAUUGUUGAUUACCCGAAAUGGAAAUGCGGUUAUGAAAGAUGCUGGUUCAUUAUUCACAUCAUUGGUUUCCAAAUACGGAAUCAUCAAUUCAUUAGAAAUCAUCCUAUGUAAUAUAUUCAAUUACGAAACCUGA